AUGAGGGAGAGAGAGAGAGAGAGAGAUGGAGAGGGGCGGGUACCUCCUCUUCUGGAUGUAGUGGGCGUUGAAGAAGGCCAGUCGCCUGGUCUGGAGGUCCCGGCAGCGACGGAGAUAGCCGCGGAGGAAAAGGCGGAGGACGGGGAUGAAGUCACCAUAGUUGUACUCGAAGCUCUGGGCGAGCCUGCUCCUCUCGGAGUUGAACUGGGUGGCCUGCAGGAAGAGGGGGUCCCUCACGGACUCGAACUUCGUGUCGAACAUCAUCCUGUACAUGACGUUGUACAGCAUCAGCUGCAACCGCCGCCGCACGACCACGCCCUCCGGCCUCGCCCACUCGCCCCCGCCGGCGCCGCCCAGGUCCGCCACCGCCAGGUCCAUCUCCUCCUCCCACAUCCCCCGGUACUGCUGCACCACCUUGUUUGUGAAGAAGGGCAUCGUCAUCACGCGCCGCAUCUUCCGCCAGUGGUCGCCGUAGACGGUGAACACCAUGUCCUGCCCGCCGCCGGUGAAGAUGUCGAAGACCAUGUUCCGCGGCCGCGAGCCGAACUCGACCCCCUGCGUGUGGAGCACCUCGGUGGCGAGCUUCGGUUCGGAGACCACCACCAGGUUCCGUGCCCCCAGCCGGAGGAGGAAGACGCCCCCGUACUUGCCGGCCAGCGACGCGAGCAGGCGGUGGUUCAGGUCAUUGCCCACCUGCAGCCAGUUGCCGAACACCGGCAGGGACAGAGGACCGGGGGGGAGGUUCCUCAGCCGCCGGGAACCAGACACGACCGAGGGGAUUAUCAGAGCGAGGAGGGCCGGGAGGGAGAGCCACGCCGGAGUGGGGGAGGAAGACGGCGACACGAGAGGUAG